GGCGCGCGUGGCGUUAGUGCCUCCCUCCCCCCUUCCCUCCGGCUUGCCCUCCGUGAGGGGGUCCCGCCGGGGUCCCGGGAGUCCCUGCUGGGCUCUUCCAAGCUGGGGCCAAACUGCCCCCUUCGUCCCGGUGACGGCGCCAGGAGCCCCUCGCCGCCCGGAAUGGGGUUGUGCGACUGCCCUUGGCGCUGCCCUUCCCUUCCCAGGGAAUCCCCAGCACCGUGUCUCCUCUGCCCCUCAGAAGUAUUCAACAUUAAGCAACAUGUCUUCCACCAAACCUCCAAAUGAAAAUGAAACGCCCAAAGAGAGAAAACCAGGACUGAGGAGUGCUCAGACAACUAUGCUUUUCCGAGCUGUGAACCCAGAACUUUUCAUUAAACCUAACAAACCUGUGAUGGCGUUUGGACUGAUAGCAAUUAGUCUCUGUGUGGCCUACCUUGGUUAUUUGCAUGCAACAGCAGAGAAUAAAAAAGACCUCUACGAAGCAAUGGACAGUGAGGGGUCCAGAUAUAUGAGGAGGAAAACUUCCAAGUGGGACUGAGAAUGUAAGAAAGGAAAUCAGUAAAUCACUCACAGAACUUUUCCAGGCAACUACUGUUUUUUUGUCUUUCCCUUUAAAUAAUGGAUAAAUGUCUGGCUUGCUGUUUAAUCCAAUUUAAGUUCCUUUAUAAAAUGCUGUGCCUGUGUAAAUAAACUGCAGUAAAGAUAUAUCUGAAAAUAAAAGUGAUUUUAAGAA